AUUUUACAGCCAUUUAAAACUGACAAGCAUGUUCCUUUUAACUUAUUACAUCAUAAGAAAAGAAUAUUGCAAACAAAUCCCCAUGACCAAAUUCCCAAUGUUAAAUUAGAGGAAAAAUUAUUUGAACAAAAAUUAGAAGCUCGACGUCGAAGAUCAGCUGUUUUCAUGACUCCUCAAAUAAAUAUGGACAUAAUCCCAGUUGAUAUCAUGUAUGGAAACAAGGAGAAAGGUGACGAAGGUUUGAUUUCUAGCAUUUAUUCAUCAGAUUGGAAGAAAGCUUGUGAAAUUGCUGUUCAAAAUUCACAAUUAAAUAUAAAAGACGAUCCAAUGAAGAGAAAAUUUGAAAAGAAGGAUUUAAUUGAGAAAUCACUUGAGAAAACUCAUUUCAAAGCUGACAAUGCAAUUCCACCCAUGGAAAUUGGAUUAGAUAAAUAUAUAUCCGCUUGGGAUAAGCAAUAUCCAGUUGAGUUUGUUGAUACAACUAAAUUAUUUUGGGAGAAGCAUAAAGAAACUGGCCUCUGCCCCUCGUGUGAAUGUCAGGAUUCUGUCAAAGGUCUUACCGAUGAAGAAACCACAGAACUUGACAACUGUCUCAAGGAAGAUGCUUUAAGAACUCCAUUUACUUUACAUCCACCAGGCUAUACGGGUUAUGUACCCCGUUUAGCUGCUGGUAUUCAAUUUCGUAAAAAGAAAUUUACAAAAUAUGAUCCUUUUGUAACAACCCUGAUGACUUCACAGGGUGUUUAUGAUAAAUAUUCCAUUUAAAUAAAAAAAAACUUUGAACUCUUGA